GCGGCGGCGCGCGGACGCCGAGCUCGCUCGGGCUGUGCGCGGCUGCGGCUCGGCCACUGGCAGCUGCGGUGGCGGCGGCGGCGGCGGCGGGCGCGGAUCGCGGAGUGUCGCCGUCAGGGACUGCCGCCCGAGGCGGCAGCGUGCGGGCUAGCAGACCUCGCCUCCAGUUUGCCGGAGCUGAGGACGUAGCGGGGCCGCCUCCGGGCCAGCCUCUCCUCGCUCUGCCAGCCGGUCCCGGCGCCGAGGGCGCGGCGACGCUCGGCCACCAUGGGCUGCACAUUGAGCGCCGAGGACAAGGCGGCGGUGGAGCGCAGCAAGAUGAUCGACCGCAACCUCCGGGAGGACGGCGAGAAGGCGGCGCGGGAGGUCAAGCUGCUGCUGUUGGGUGCUGGUGAAUCUGGAAAGAGUACAAUUGUGAAACAAAUGAAAAUUAUCCAUGAAGCCGGCUAUUCAGAAGAAGAGUGUAAGCAGUACAAGGCAGUGGUCUACAGCAACACCAUCCAGUCCAUCAUUGCCAUCAUUAGAGCCAUGGGGCGGUUGAAAAUCGACUUUGGGGACUCAGCUCGGGCGGAUGAUGCUCGCCAACUCUUCGUGCUUGCUGGGGCCGCAGAAGAAGGCUUUAUGACUACAGAGCUCGCUGGUGUCAUAAAGAGACUGUGGAAAGACAGUGGCGUGCAAGCCUGCUUCAACAGAUCCCGCGAGUACCAGCUGAACGACUCCGCAGCAUACUAUCUGAAUGACUUGGACAGAAUAGCACAACCAAAUUACAUCCCAACCCAGCAGGAUGUUCUCAGAACCAGAGUGAAAACGACAGGCAUUGUGGAAACCCACUUUACCUUCAAAGAUCUUCAUUUUAAAAUGUUUGACGUGGGAGGUCAGAGGUCAGAGCGGAAGAAGUGGAUUCACUGCUUUGAAGGCGUAACGGCCAUCAUCUUCUGUGUGGCCCUGAGUGACUAUGACCUGGUUCUUGCUGAAGAUGAAGAAAUGAACCGUAUGCAUGAAAGCAUGAAGCUGUUUGAUAGCAUAUGUAACAACAAGUGGUUCACAGAUACGUCCAUCAUCCUUUUCCUAAACAAGAAGGACCUCUUUGAAGAAAAAAUCAAAAAGAGUCCCCUCACGAUAUGCUACCCAGAAUAUGCAGGCUCAAACACAUAUGAAGAGGCGGCCGCAUAUAUUCAGUGUCAGUUUGAAGACCUCAAU